AUGAUUUAUUAUAAAAUGGAAACGAAUGAAAGAGAUAUUGAAGAUUAUCUUAGUAAGUUAGAAGGCGGUUGGCUCUCAGAAGACGGCCUUGAUGACCAAGAUUCCGAUGAUGAAAACCGCGAUUCUGAUGAAGUUAUAAGAGUGAUGCAGGAGGAGAACGAUGAUGAUGAUGAAGAUGUGGAUGAAACUGCUGACAUUGAUCCUCCUCUUGUAGAACCAGAAGAUCAAGAAUCCUCUCAGCCAUCAACAUCAUCCAAUUUGCAGGGAUCCCCAAGUUGGUUUAUUGCGGUGGUGUUUACAAAGAAAAUAUAA